AUGUCCUCACGCUCCUCACGCUCCUCACGACACUCCUCCUCCUCCCAAUCCCCCUCCCCCUCCCAUACCUGCUCCCCACCAACAUCAAAAAAGUCGUCCCUGCCCUCCUCACCAAGGCCAAAAUCAUCCUCAACUUCCCCACAAACCACUUCACGCACCAGAACAGCAGAAAAGGACAGAAGAACCACAGUACCUCUAAACGACAAAGAUGACAAAAAUGACAAAGAUAAAGAUGACAAAGACGACUGGCACCAAAUCCACGAACCGGAACAACGUCGACGCAUCCAGAACCGCAUCGCCCAGCGCAAGUUCCGCGAAAAAGCCCGCUCGCUCAAGGACCAGGCCGCGCGCGACGAGCAGAAUAGGAGGUUUGCCGGGUGUGCUUAUACGUGUCCUUCUGUUGACGGCCUGCUUUUUGAGAAUGAGACGUAUUUUCCUGAGGAGAUGGAUGGCUUCGCGGAGGGGGUAGGGGAAGGGGAGGUAACGCCCGGCGAGGAGACAAGGGACAAAGUGGGAGGCGAGAGGGUAUUGUCUGGUUUACCAUGGGGUGGACUGAGUAUGAGGUUUGUGGUGGGGAGAGGACAUGAGUAUUAUCGAUAUCAAACGACUUCGAGGGGAUCAGGGUCUGGAUCGGGGUCUGGGAAUGGCACUGGGAUGGGGACGGGAACAGCCGCGACGACACUGUCCCCUACCUCUACUAUUACAGCUUUGAACACACCGCAGCUACAACAGCAACAACAACAAUCGGCUACAUAUUACGGACACGCAACAAGUGCAGGCAGCGGGUCAUCGUCGUCUUUGUCUCCAUAUGGGAUGAUGAUGAUGCCUGGAUCUAUGGGCAUAGGCAUGGGUCUGAUGGGCAGUGGUGAUAUGGAUAUGGAUAUAGAUGUGGAUUAUUCCAUGGCUUCGGGGCCUACAGAAGGACGUGACACGGGCAUGGAGUAUGUGACUUCUCCUUCAGGAUCCAUGGCGGGGGUUACUUCGGGGACUGGCACUGGCACUGGCACUGGUAUGGAUGUGACGUAUUAUGAUUCAUCGCCAUAUUAUUACGGCUAUGGAACUGGUGGUGGUGGUGGUGGAGGCAGUGUCUAUGGAGGUUAUGGUGGAAGAGCAGGGCGGAUGUGA